GAGCAAAAAAAAGGUAACUAUGUCCCUUUAGACUAAUCUGUACUACUUUAUGUCCUAUUAGACUAAUUUUUUCGAAAAUGGCAGUAAUGCCCUUAAAAUUGUAAUUUUUUAAAAAAGAUAAAUAAUGAGUUCGACAAGCGGGAUCGAUCGAUCCAGAUUUACAAGUUACAGUGGAUCGAUCGAUCCCGAUAAUUAUUCAGAACAAAAAAAAACGCGAAAUAUAUACUGAUCGACCUGGUCCAUUUCACUCGAUCGGCGAAGGUCGAUUCCUUACAGAUCGACCGAUCCACUAGGAAUAGAUCGAUCGAUCCCGUGCCCAGGAAAGAAUCCCAAAUCGAUUUUUUUGGUUUUGUAUGAUUAUAUCCGGGUUGAUUCCCACUUGAUUUGAACCGACCAAGCAUGAUUUCAACUUUUUAAGCUCGAUUUCUCUGGGAAAAAACCCUUAAUUUCCCAUUCACGAACAAAGGGAGAGAAAAUCAAAUUCUCACCCAAAGUUCAUUAACCCUAACUCACUCAAUUCUCUGAUUUGGACGAUUAUUUGGCCUAACUCAUACAAUUUCGUGAGCUUUUUACGAAUCUAUCACUCUUUAGUUCGUUCUGCAAAGGUAUGAAACUCUAUCUCCACUUCUUUUUAGAGUUUGAAAAUAGAAAGGUAAAAGGUAAAUUUUUUGAGUUAGUUAAGAUAUUUAGACUUCAAUCAUGUGUUAAGGUGAUGAUUAGAGAAGAUUUUGUACACAAUCAUGGUUUAAAUCAUAUUUUUGGGAUAGAUUUAGGGAUUUUAGAUUUUUGUUAUUAAUAUAUAUAUGUUGUAUUGUUUUCAAAUUUCAGGUAUGGAGUUGGAGUUGCCUAAUCGUUUAUACGGUGAGGGAUUGGAACCUCAGGUUAAGAAGAUUAAUAACAGCUGCCGACUAAAACUUCUCGAGUUGCUAAAAGAAAAAAUGGAACCAGAAUUCGAUGAAGUUAUGAAAGAUCCCAUUUUUUCACAGAUUAUGGUUAUCCAGAAGAAUGAUCUGAAGUUUUCGGCGAGGUUGGUACACUCUUUCUUGUGUAAGGAGUUGAUGACAAGCAAGAGACAUGAGAAGUGGUUCACUUUCGCUAGGAGACCUCUGCGUUUUGGAUUGCAAGAGUAUCAUGCUGUCACUGGUCUGAAAGUGAAGCGAGAGAAUAACAGUGGGCUAGUGACAUGGAAAGACGAUAAUGGUUUUUGGAGCAAGCAGAUAAAGACAAAUGGAAAAAUAAAUUUGCAGAUCAUAAAAAAGAAGCAUUUGGAAGAGAGCAAUACCUGGACUUGGGUUGAUAGGGUGAGACUGAUAUAUCUUUGCGUUAUUAUGGGUGUGGUGAUGGGAAAGGAUGAGAAGGUGAAUAUCCCGCAUCUGUACAUGAAGUUGGCGAUGGAUUUGGAGAAGCUUCGGAAUUACCCAUGGGGUCUGUAUUCGUUUGAUUUCCUUCUGAAGCAAAUUGAUAAAACAAGGCAUAAAUUAGAGCAGAAAGAGGGGUAUCUGAUGGAAGGAUUCUUGUUUGGUUUCCAAAUUUGGAUAAUGGAAGCUGUUCCUGCUUUAGGAGAGAUUUGUGGCACAAAAGUCAGUAAAAAUUUUACAGGUCCACUGUGUGGUAAUUGGAGAGGAUGUGCAAAAUGUUCUUAUGAAGAUAUCAUUGGCGUUGAGAACUUAUUCCCAGAAAACGGGAUUUUGCAUUCAUUCAUGGAAUCCCACAUAGAUGGAGUGGUCCUUUUGGCAACUGAUUUUGUACAGAAGGAUGAGAAGAAAGAUGAAAGAGUAGAUCGUAUUUUAGAUAUGAUCAAUAGUAAACAUGAUUGGAACAAUCAUGUUUGGGGAGUAAAAGAAGGUACGAACUCUGAAUUUGAGGAAUCUGGCGAAGAGAAAGGAGAGGAUCAAACAGCUGAUACUGAGAGAGGUGAAAAUAGUCAUGUUGCAGGGAAUGUUGAUGGCACAGCUGAUGUUUCGGGAAGAAACAAGAGAAAGCAUGCAGACCGAGGAGCAGAGUCAAGGAAAAAGAAUGUUUUGUGCCACCUAGCUGCUUCAUCAAAAGGAAAUAUUGACACAGAUAUGAAAAAUUUCUUGGAGGAUCUGGUACAAGCUUCUUUUACUGCUUUUGGGGAGAAAUUCUGUCAGCAGUUCUCGGACAGGUUGGGUAAGAUUGAGACUGAGGUUACACAACUCAGGACAGCUUCAGAGAGAACUGAGCAAUUUGAGACCGUUGUAACCGACAGAUUGGGGAAAAUUGAGGCUGAGGUUACACAGCUCAGGACAAGUUUAGUGGUGACUGAAUUGGUGGGAAAGAGUGAUCAAGCAAGCGGUCCUAGCUUGACCAAAAUCAACAGUGGUCCUAGCACCAGCAAAAAAGGCACUGCUCCAACAAAGAAAAAGGCUGUAAAAAACCAAGAGUUAAAGACUGCUGAUUCGUGUGUCAAUUUACCUCGUGCAAAAGUUACUCAAUCAUCAGCUAGUGAUCUUCGUAUGGGUACACAAGAGUUUUUGGAAAGUUGCAUGAAGAACCUUCCAUUAGACACAUUUGUGAAAGGUUUGAAUCCUUCUCAAGCUAAAGUCGAAGAUUCAUUGGAUUGGUUGGAACUUCCUAAAUCAUUGAAGAAGCCAACAGAUUCAUUGGAACUUCAAAAAUCAUUGAAGAAGCCAGCGGUCCGAUUAGAUGACCGAGAUAUAGAGCUAGACGGCGAAAAUUUCCCUGAUCGCUGCUUGGUGUUUGUGCAUCCUACAGAUUUUAAGAAGAUGCAGGACUGGCAAGAUACACGAACAGCUAUACAGAUUGGUCCUUCUAUGUUAGACGGUGAUCUAGCCGGACGUAUUAUGUCUGCCAGCAGUUGGCUUAAAAACUACGAAAUUGAUGCUAUAAUGUAUGUUUUCCGGGAAAGAACAACAUUGAAACGAUGGAACGUAGAUCGUGUUGCUUUCAUGACAUGCGUCUUCAGCGACCUCAUUGCUAAGGAUUACCAGAAUUUCUGUAAGGGAAUUAAAAAACCAACGUGUCAGCAUUUCUCUAAUACUGUCCAACAAAGGAAUUACGGGAAACUCUCUCGGCGAACGCAACGCAGAAUUUAUCGACUCUGCAGGAUUGUUUGUCCUAAUGUCAUACCUGUAUCCAUGAAAUUGACAUCUAGCCCACUUUCUGACAUCUGCUUCCAUAAGAUACGUUCCAAUUGCUGGACUGAUAUUGCAAACAUGAGCAAACGUCUUCUUGAAAUCAACCACUCUAUAAGCCUUUGAAGCCUUAGAAAUCAACCCAGCUAAUCCCUUCCCCUUGAAAUAUGAUAUCACAUUAUUCAACAAAUGAUGAAUACAGAUACCAUGUCUCGCUAGGGGAUACACUUUCUCCACUGCCUUCGCUAUUGACACUUGUCUAUCCGAAAUAAAAGCCAAACCAUUAUCAUCAGCAACAACAACUUUUAAUUCUCUCAUAAACCAUUCCCAAGACUGCUCAUUCUCAGAGUCUACUAUCCCAAAUGCAAUAGGAUAUAAAUUUGAAUUUCCAUCUAUA